AUGGCUUUUCCGGCGGAGGGUUUCGUUGUGUUCUUUCUAUUUUGUGGUGUGAUGCUUGCAAAUGGUGAGGUUGGCUUUGAUGAAAAUUAUCAAGUCACAUGGGGUUUUGAUCAUGCCUUGCGUGAGAAUGGAGGGAGACAGAUGCAGAUUUACUUGGAUCAAUAUACGGGGGCUGGGUUUGAAUCCAAGCAAUGGUUCGGCUCUGGGUGGUUUAAUCUGAGGAUCAAGGUACCAGUGAGGGACUGUGCUGGAGUUGUCCUAGCUUUUUAUCUGAGAUCAGAGGGUAGUCACAACCAGGAUGAGCUAGACUUCGAGUUCUUGGGAAAUAGAGAAGGCAAGCCAAUCACCUUGCAGACAAAUGUGAUUACAAACGGUCAAAACUACAGAGAGCAAAGAACACAUUUUUGGUUUGACCCAACUGCAGAUUUUCAUGACUACAAGAUUCUUUGGAACCAUCAUCAAGUUGUCUUUUAUAUCGACAAUAUCCCCAUCAGGGUUUUCAGGAACAACAAAAAGAUCAAGGUUGCCUAUCUAACGCGGCCGAUGGUAAUAGCCGUAAGCAUAUGGGAUGGAUCAAGUUGGGCAACUGAUGGAGGCCAAACAAAGAUCGACUAUAACCGUGCACCAUUUAGAGCUUAUUUCCAGAAGUUCGACAUGAAUGCCUGCAUAGUAGACAGGUCCAAGCCCGAUGUUGGGGAAUUUUGUUAUGCUACCAAAUAUUUGUGGAACCAUAGGGUUCAUCGGCAACUAAACUCAACCGAUCUAGAAGCAUAUAACAGGGUGAGAAGAGAAUAUAUGAACUAUGACUAUUGUACUGAUACGCAAAGGUUCCAAACAUUUCCCAGAGAGUGUACCGUACCAGUGGUGUAG